AGGGUUUCGCGAAGAUCUCUCCCCUGCCUGCCUCCCUUCCUCCGGCCACUUCUCUCCCGAGUUGCGCCGUGCCCCAUGGCCCUGGCAGAGGGACGUCUGCGGGACGCCGACGGACUGCACAGUGCAAGUCAGUAAUAUCACUGCUUGCCAGAUAUAUGUGACGUGAACAAGGAGGAGCUGUGUGAAGGCAUUUCUAUGCAGCGGUUGCUUCAUGACCCCUCAUCCAGUUAAGUGAAGUUACACCAGUGUCCACCAUGACAGCACUUGUUCUGGGAGCAGUGCUGCUCAUUCUCCAGCCACAGUUAGUGCCUUCUCAUCCUGCCACCAGCUCUAAAGUGGAAGUCCCUUCAGAAGCUGGCCAGAAAGAGCUCUUAAGGAAAGGCUCUCUCAAGAGUGACUUCCAAGAUGGUGCUCCUUUGAAUGGAUCUAGCCAGAGGCUCCCACAAACCAUCAUCAUUGGUGUGAGGAAAGGUGGUACCCGAGCCCUCCUAGAGAUGCUUAGCCUACACCCAGGGAUAGCUGCUGCUGAAAGUGAAGUCCAUUUCUUUGACUGGGAAGAUCACUAUGGAAAUGGGCUUGAGUGGUACCUCAGCCAAAUGCCCUACUCUUUCCCUCAUCAGCUCACUGUGGAAAAAACCCCUGCGUACUUCACAUCAUCCAAAGUGCCUGAGAGAGUUUAUAAUAUGAACCCAUCCAUCAGACUGCUCCUUAUCCUGAGAGACCCCAGUGAGCGAGUUCUAUCUGACUAUACCCAAGUGUUUUAUAACCACGUGCAAAAACACAAACCAUACCCAUCCAUUGAAGAAUUUCUCAUCAAAGAUGGUGAGCUCAAUGUGGAAUACAAGGCAAUAAACCGGAGCCUCUAUUAUUUUCACAUGCAAAACUGGCUUCAGUAUUUUCCUCUGGAUCACAUUCACAUUGUGGAUGGGGAUCAACUCAUUAGAGACCCUUUCCCAGAAAUAGAAAAAGUAGAAAGGUUUUUGAAGCUGUCUCCACAAAUUAAUGCUUCAAACUUCUAUUUUAAUAAAACAAAAGGCUUUUAUUGCCUAAGGGACAGUGGCAGGGACCGGUGUUUACAUGAGUCAAAAGGACGAGCACACCCUCAAGUGGAUCCCAAAUUACUUAAUAAACUGCAUGAAUAUUUUCAUGAGCCAAAUAAGAAAUUCUUUGAGCUUGUUGGCAGAACAUUUGACUGGCACUAGAAUACCAAGCAAGGCUCUGAAACUGUCUACUCUAAGUUCUGGUGUAUGUCUAGGAAAGACAAAACAAUAAUAACAAUAAUAAUAAUAACAAAGGGCAUUGAAGCUAUAAUUUAUUUGUAAAAUCCAUAAAUUACUUAUGUACAGUAUUAGAGUCACAAUUGCCAUAUAUACUAGUUAUAUUUUUCUACUUGUUAAAUUGAAAGCAUUUUGUAUUGUUUUUCAUGGUUGUUAACAUGGUGUAUGAUGUCUCUAUAUGAAGGAACUAAAAUAUUUCACUGCAUAAGA